GAGGGAUGCCAUUCACAAACGAGUGGCUGAUAUGAUUAGUGCGGCCGCUCUUUGCGGCGUUAAUAUCAUCUGCUUUCAGGAGGCUUUCACGAUGCCCUUCGCCUUCUGCACCCGCGAGAGGUUGCCGUGGAUUGAGUUGGCGGAGAGCGCUGAGACCGGACCCACCACUACAUUCUUGCAAGAGAUCGCUAGAAUGAAUGAUAUGGUAAUAGUGUCACCAAUUCUGGAAAGGGAUGAAACUCAUGGCGAUAUCCUAUGGAAUACAGCAGUCGUUAUUUCAAACUCGGGUCAAGUAUUAGGGAAAUCGCGAAAGAAUCACAUCCCACGUGUUGGAGACUUUAAUGAGUCGACAUAUUACAUGGAAAGCAAUUUAGGACAUCCAGUGUUUGAAACGAAAUUUGGGAAAAUAGGAAUCAAUAUCUGUUACGGUAGACAUCACCCGCAGAAUUGGAUGAUGUAUGGCCUGAAUGGGGCUGAGAUUGUGUUCAACCCAUCGGCAACUGUGGGCGAAUUGAGUGAACCCUUGUGGCCCAUAGAAGCCCGAUGUGCGGCUGUUGCCAACCAUUACUUUACAUGUGCUAUAAAUAGAGUGGGAACGGAAGUAUUCCCAAAUGAGUUUACUUCUGGCGACAAAAAGCCGGCGCACAAAGAUUUUGGACACUUCUAUGGCUCGAGUUAUAUCGCAGCUCCCGAUGGCUCAAGAACUCCAGGACUCUCUCGUAUAGAUGACGGACUACUUGUGGCCGAAGUGGAUCUCAACCUAUGCCGUCAGGUCCAGGAUCACUGGGGGUUUAGGAUGACACAACGCCUGGAUCUAUAUGUCUCGGAACUGAAGGAAGUGAUUGAACCCAAUUUCAGACCCAAUAUAAUUCGUGAAAAUAAAUAAUUUCUUUAAAAGGUUUGUAUAUUUAUCAUAUGUAACACAACUUAUGGCU